AAGUUCUCUCUCUACAAUUGUCAAGUUGAACUUCAAAGCCCACCCCCUCAAAUCUUGAAAAUCUCUCCUCACUCUCCCUUGUUCUUGAUGCUCACUGUAAAUUCACAUUUAUAGAGGCUCAUAUAAGCACAUGCACAUAUAUCAGUACAGGAAGAGAGUUUGUGCGUGUGUGAGAGAAAUGUCCUUUUUAGUUUCAGUCUUUCAGGUUUCAGCCAUUAUUUUCUCUUCAAAUCUCGAUAACUCUCUCUUCUUUUGUACUCUUCAUCAACCCUUCUUCCUCUAUAUUUAAUUUGACUGUUGAGAUUGCUUAGUCGUUUAAUCGUGUGACUGGGGAUUGAUUUUCAGCCUUUCUUCACCAUUUUAAGGGAGUUCCAUCAUUUUGGGGUUUAAAUUUGAUGCUAGCUGUGGAUCUUUCCCUUUGUUGUAAGUAAUGAAUACAAGCGAGGAAACCGAAUCUUGUUAGAUUCUAUCCUAUGGAACUUAAUGGGCAUAGGAGAGCUAGACACAAGGAUCUUACCACUCAUCAAAAUGGUGAUGUGAUCACUUCAAAUGUAGAGGACGAGCUUGAUAUAUGGACUGCUUUGGCAUACAAACCUCGUACCAUUUCAAUGUUACUUAUUGGUGCAUGUUUCCUAGUAUGGGCAAGUGGAGCGCUUGAGCCUGAACGUAGUGCUGCAAUUGAUCUUGUUACUUCUGUAAAAAGGGGUACAUGGGCAAUGAUUGCAGUGUUUCUUGCGUAUUGUUUGUUUCAAGCUCCUUCUACAGUACUAGUCAGGCCACACCCUGCAAUUUGGCGCCUUGUUCAUGGAAUAGCUGUCGUGUACCUCGUCGCAUUGACAUUUUUGCUUUUUCAGAGGCGUGAUGAUGCUCGGCAAUUUAUGAAAUACUUGCAUCCUCAUCUUGGUAUUGAACUGCCUGAAAGAUCCUACGGUGCUGAUUGCCGAAUUUAUGUGCCUGAAAAUCCUACAAACAGGUUUAAGAAUGUUUAUGAGACACUUUUCGAUGAGUUUGUUCUGGCACAUGUUCUUGGAUGGUGGGGGAAAGCUAUCAUGAUUCGCAAUCAGCCUCUUUUGUGGGUACUUUCAAUUGGAUUUGAGUUGAUGGAGCUAACCUUCCGCCACAUGUUACCCAACUUCAACGAAUGCUGGUGGGAUAGCAUUAUUCUUGAUAUAUUAAUCUGCAACUGGUUUGGUAUUUGGGCAGGAAUGCGUACUGUUCGCUACUUCGAUGGUAGAACUUACAAAUGGGUUGGUAUGAGCCAGCAUCCAAACCUUAUUGGGAAAGUCAAAAGAACAUUGGGUCAAUUUACACCUGCACGGUGGGACAAAGAUGAAUGGCACCCUCUUCUUGGUCCUUUACGAUUUGUUCAAGUUCUCAGCCUUUGCAUUGUUUUCUUGACUGUGGAACUCAAUACGUUCUUUCUCAAGUUUUGCCUUUGGAUUCCUCCACGAAACCCCCUCAUAGUAUGGAGAUUGGUUUUUUGGUGGCUUAUAGCAAUACCAACAAUUCGUGAAUACAAUUCUUACCUGCAGGACAGGAAACCGGAGAAAAAGGUGGGAACAUUUUGUUGGCUUUCUCUUGCUAUCUGCAUAAUGGAACUCCUCAUCUGCAUCAAGUUUGGACAUGGAUUGUUUCCUAAUCCCAUGCCCAAGUGGUUGGUAAAUUUUUGGACGUCUGUUGGGAUUGGCCUUGUAAUAUUCUUGGCUGCGUGGUCAUGGCAACUGCAAAGGGUGAUGUAUAAAAAACGGUGAUAAGUGCAUUUGUGGUUGAGUUAUUCUUUAGAUUCAUACAUUGUGGCAAUGAGUCUUGCUGUAAAUCCACAUCACAAUUGUAGUUACAAAUGUCUACUCCUUUAGGUUAGACAUCAUAACCGAUUCAUGUAGAGAACCUUGAUUCUUUUAUACUAGGUGUAGUAAAGGUCGAUUUUUUUUCUCGAGUGGAGCAUAGCUCGUUGAAAGCAACCUCCUUCAUCUUCAGUACCGUUCUUUUUCCCCAUAGGCAGCCCCCUUUCUCUUUCUUAUUUUCAAUUGUAAUUCAAUUGUGUCGGCGAACAUCUGAUUAUUUUGAGCAGCUACCUUGAAUUAUAUAUGCUUGUGAGCAAGCGAUAUGAUAAUGCCAGAUACAUUUUUUAGGAUAA